GGCCUGCGAGCAAGAUCAUGGGCUUGACGAAGGACGAUAGAUUAAGUCAGGCCUGCAAGAAGGAAACGUAUCAUUGGGCCGUUUUCCAAAGCUUCAAGCUAUGAAAGAUGCCGAAAAUGGCAGACAAAAACGGGCAAGAAAAGAAAAUAACUCUCUCUCUCUCUCUCUCUCUGUCUCUCUCCCUUUCAUUUGAGUGUCACGCUAGAAGAAAACGAUCGGAAAGACUUUCAUUUUCGCAGUCCCAUCGCGCGAAAUUUCUCGUCAGCUCGGAUGCGAAUUCGCAGCCCGUGCGAAUGCGAAUGAAUUUCACUGCGCACCCACUCUUCUUCUCCUUCUCCUUCUCCUUCUUCUUUUGGAGAUCAUCGACGCGGCCCUCCGGGAGCGGGGUGGCGAGGAUCUAGUCGACGAGGAUGGCCACGGAGCGACACUCCUCGGCGGCGGCAUCGUCCCCGGAAGACAACGCGCUGUUCCUGGAUAUACUGCACGAAGCGCCUUUGUUCGGUCACCGGAAGCGCACGCGGAUUUACGGCAGCAUUGCGUACUGUUUCUUGUUGGUCGGUUAUGCUGUUCUGGCUAUUGCAGCCCCAUGGAUCUUCGAAGCUAUAGAUUCGCUGAUCCCGCCUUUGCUUUGCAGUUGUAAUGUCGCCUUAAUGAUAGUCACAGGAAUCUUUCAACAGUAUCUAGUCUACCAAGUGCAAAAAAUACGACUGCAGGGUUACUACAGUUUCAGCCAGAAGUUGAAGCAUAUUGUCCGUCUACCUUUUGCAUUCACAGCAUAUGGAACCGCUGCUAUGCUACUUGUCAUUGUCUGGAAUUCCUACGUCAGUUUUCUCUCCAUACCUGUGAUGCUGAGGAUUAUCAUGGUCAUAGAAGCGAUAUGUGCUGGGUCUUUUAUGAGUGUAUAUAUUGGAUAUGUCCACCGUUACAAUACCUUAAAUUCUCAUCCUGAUGUUUUAAAGUCACUGUACUCUCCACUUCAACAGUCAAGUCCUUUGGAAAGCGUAAGUAUGUGCUGCAGAUACCAUGAUGGUGGACGGCUUUCUGAUCAGCAAAUGGCUUUAUUGCAGUAUCAACGUGAGAACCUCCAUUUUCUAAGUGAGGAGGUUCUUCGACUGCAAGAAUCCUUGAGCAAAUAUGAGCGAUCCAAUGACGGAAGCACUCCACAGGUUGAUCUGGCCCACCUAUUGGCAGCUCGUGAUCAAGAGUUAAGGACGCUUUCAGCUGAGAUGGAUCAAAUGCAAUCAGAGCUUAGGCUUGCUCGGUCUUUGAUAGCUGAGAGAGACUCUGAGAUCCAGCGUGUUCGCACAACUAACAAUCAGUAUGUUGAAGAACAUGAGAGGCUAAGAGCUAUUAUAGGAGAGUGGAGCACUCGGGCAGCGAAGCUUGAACGAGCCUUGGAUGAACAGCAAAAGAAGAUAGCAACAAGCAGCGAGCCACAUAGUUCAGCAGCUUCAAAAGAGCAGCAAGGACCCGGAUAAGCUUUGCUGUCAAAUUAAGGAUGAUACUUGUACAGUAUCUGCUUAGUCAUUGCUCAAAUAGCUUCUAGAUGUUAGAACAUCUUGAUUACGGUGUCACGGCCCUGAAGGCCUAAUCAUUGUUCAAGCAAUAUAGAUAGAAAGGACUGACCAUAUCUGUUCACUUGUUAGGAGUGUGGACAUGUGGAGGAUAGGGAGGACUCACCAUAUCAAUGUCCAUUCACUGAUCUUCAGGGAGUUAGAAGUUGGGACAUGUAGAGGAUGUAAAGUGUUCACGUUGAAUCAAGCUAUUGACAAAUGCAGCCAAGCUCUCACCACGUUGUUAUA